GGCUAUGACCGCUUAUUAAUAACAUCUUGGGGUCACGAUCCAGGAGUAGUCCCCACUUCAAAUGUGCUUACUAUGCUGAAUGAUGCUUUAACCCAUUCUGCUGUCCUGAUUCAGGGACACGGCAUAUACGGCGUGGGGGAAACUGUCCAUAUUCCGUUUCCACUUGAUGAAGCAGAACAGCAAGGUGAUUUUUCCCGUCUUAACAUGGGUGUUCAUAAAGCGCUGAAGAUGUUGAGGGAAAAGAUGGAUCUCCAGCACUUCUGUGGCUACAUCACCAUGUUGAAUCCUUUCAGUCACCCUGUAAAGAGGAAGCUGAGCGAUGCGUCUGACGAAAAAGGUGAGCCAGAGCUUGCCCUGGACUCAGAUGUAAACGGAAGUACAGAGUCCUUUGAAAUGGUCAUUGAAGAGCCUUACGUAGAUCCCGCUGCUAAACAAAGCCCAGAAGGUAUCUUUUUAGUUCCUACGACAGAACUGGAGUGGGUUCCCCUGGAACUGAGCUUCGGAAUCCCACUGUUCAGCGCAGACCUCAACCGAAAAGUCUGUCGGAAGAUUGCCAGCCAUGGAUUAUGCAGCAGAGAGAGCCUCCAAAAACUGUUACAUUCCAGCAGAAAACUUUCGCUGCAGGUCCUUAGUUUUGUUCAUUCAUUCCAGGAAAACAUUUCAACCAUGGAGUUGCUUUCAGAGGCCAGUUUUUCUUCUUCUGCGUCGAGUUUACUUUCUCAUCCAACUUCUGCUGACGCUGGGGUUCCGCUGCCCGCCAAGAAUCUCAUGUUUAAGGACGGCGCGUUAUCGGAAUGGAGUGGACGGUCUCCUUCCUCGAUCCUAAUUGCAGCCGUGCCCCCAGAACACCUAAAAUAGCAUGGCGUUCACAACUUGCCUUUGGACUCGUGGUAACCAACUGCAUUCAACUCACAGUGCCAAUCUUCUGAAACUUGUGAUGCUAUCACAGUACGUUCCCCUGCAGUGAAGGUGUUAAUAAAGUGUGUAAUGUUACAUUUCAAUGGGGAAAGGGGUAGGAGGAAGAGGCAUUUUGACUCCCCAUUUCUUGCAUGUUCUGCCAUAACAAAAAAA